AUGGUAGUGAGCUCAGCUCAGAGAGGAUGUGAGGAUGAUCAUUUUCAAACUUGUAGCCACGACUCACUUGUGACAUCAUUAGAGGGUUGCGAUGGCAUCGAGCUGCUUGACUGGCUGUUUGAUCAAAAUGAUGGAAUCCUCCGUCAUGAGGAACCAGGACACCAUGGCAACCAUCACACCUGGCCAAUCCAGGACCCAAAUAUGCUGCAGCCGGCUGAGCAGGCGGACGAUGACUUCCUUAAUGCCCUACUGAGUGGAAAUGAUUCUGUAUCGGGUUCGCCUCUCUGGUCUCCCUCUCAUAGUGACAGUGGGAUCAGCGAGGACCCUCCCUCAGACCAGAUGGACAGCCCUCAGCGCCCUGAGAGCCCCCCUGGGGACGCUCACUACUUCAGCCCAAGGCCACAAACCAAGGCAGCCCUGGAGGCCGACGUCUCCAUUGACCUCAAUGGCUGGGACCCCAGCUUCCCAACGGGCAGGACAAAGAUUACGCAAUAUCCUUCUGAUGUACAUAGACCGCAGCUGUCCUCUGGCUUUCCUCUAACUGUCAAGGAUCUGCUACUGUCUGGCACACCAGAGCCACCCCCACAGCCAUCACAACAGUCAAUUCAAGAGUUGAUUCUCAAUGAAGACGAGAAGAAGCUUUUGGUGAAGGAGGGGGUGACUCUACCCACUCAAUUACCUCUCACGAAGUAUGAAGAGAGGAUUCUGAAGAAAAUACGCAGAAAGAUUCGCAAUAAGCAAUCUGCCCAGGAGAGCCGGAAGAAAAAGAAGGAGUAUAUUGAUGGGCUGGAGAGCAGGAUGGCUACCUGCAAUGCACAUAAUCAGGAGCUGCAGAGGAAAGUGUCGCAGCUGGAGAAAUGUAACGUGUCACUGAUGGAACAGCUGCGCAGACUCCAGGCUCUGGUCAUGAAUACGUCUAACAAGCCAGCCCAGACUGGGACAUAUGUAAUGGUGCUGCUGCUGUCCUUCUCCCUAAUCCUGUUCCCCAGCCUCAAGCCGUUCUCUGACACCAAGGUCAGCCAAGGAGACUUCAGCCCAGUCAGAAUCCAGUCACGGUCCCUGCAGAACCUUCAGGCUUCACGCGUGCUGCAUGUCAUUGACCCCCCAUUCUCCGCCGAGGAUGAAUCAGAGUCUCUGCACCGGCAUUUCCCGGGAGACUUGGGAUUGGAGGAUAUUACCACGCUGAUGGGGAAGCUGAAGGUGAACAAACAACGGUCCGGUUUGGAGCCCGUGUCUGUAAACAGCAGUCAGGAAGAAAGGAUGGGUCACUUCCACAUAGACCCAAUCACUGGUCACGUAGCUUCCGUGACCUUGGAUCCCCACCGCUCUGCUAGGCUGCGACCAAAUGCCGAUGACAUGUAAAAGAAAUGAAGACACAUGAAUUCCCCAAAGUGUCCUUCUUCUAAUAGAGCAGGGAAUCAUCUGGGGCUGCUGUUUACAUAGAAAUUAAGUUUUAAUCAUUCCUGUUUUGCCUUUCAUAUACAUGCAUGUCUGUUUGCCUUUUUUUCUUUAUUUGUGAUACUGUUUUAUAUCAAUAUAUAGAUUUGAAUGUUAAACUGAAAUUGCCUGUCGAAGUGAACUGUGUAUCCUUUGCCUUCUGGUUUUGAUAAAAUGCCAGUGUAAAUUAGUGUGUGUGGGUAAAUAGAGCGAUGAUGAUGUGUACAGUUUUGAUCUCAGCAGAUGAUUUGUAAUAUGUUUAAGGCUUUUAAAAGCAUGUUUUCACUGAAGAAUUGAUUAGAACUGUUAAGAUUCAUUUAUGGAUAAAAAACCGCCUCAAAUAAAAGAUGUCAGA